AAGUGUGAAUCGUGGACAAAGAAAAAUAGUUUUUAUCCAAUUGCCGUCAGGUGCAGAAGAACGGCGACAUAACUCUCCUUCUAUUACCGUAUAUAACUGUGAAGAAUUGUGAAAAGGUUCAAGCCAAUAUUUUUUAAAAUGAAACAACACUUCUUAUAUUUGGCAGUGGGUAUUCUGGCUCUUUGUGUUGCAGCAGAAACUGCAUUCCAAUGUCCCAAACCGGAUGGCCAAUUCCCCGAUGACGUGCAAUGUGAUAAAUACUACCAAUGUGAUGAUGACGUGGCGAAAGAAAAGCUUUGCCCCGAUGGCUUAGUAUUUGAUCCUCUCAACAGGCAUAUCAACAAAUGUGAUCAGCCAUUUAAUGUAGACUGUGGAGACCGAACUGAGCUACAGGAACCAAAAUCUACAAAAUUCUGUCCUCGUAAAAACGGAUUCUUCGCACAUCCUGAUUCUUCCGUGUGUGAUAUUUUCUACAACUGCAUCGAUGGAGAUGCAUUAGAAAUGAAGUGUACUGUUGGCUUGCACUUUGAUGAAUUUGGUGGAACUUGUGUUUGGCCGGAUACUGCUAAACGCGAGGGUUGUGAAGCGCCACAGAAAAAAUCUCCCAGUGGUUUCGUUUGUCCCAAAGAUCGACCAAAAAAUGACGAUAAAGGCCAAGUAGUUACGCAUCCGAAGUUUCCCCAUCCAACAGAUUGCCAAAAAUUCCACGUCUGUUUGAAUAGCGAAGACCCCCGAGACCUCGCUUGUCAGUUGGGUGAAGUAUAUAAUGAAGAAACAGAGAUGUGUGAUGCUCCGGAGAACGUGCCUGGGUGCGAGGAUUGGUACAAGGAUUCUGAUGACAAAAAGGAAUAAACAUAAUUUUCUUUGUCAAAGUACUUUCGUGUAUAAACAAACACAUACAUAGAUAGUGCAUCUGCCUAUGUAUGUGUUAAAAACUUUGCAAUCGCCUAAAGUUGCAGCAGCCAUUUGCAUGUAUAAAUAUUAGUAAGCUAUUUUUAAUUCAAAGCGCGCGUUUAAGCUUGUAAAAAGUUUUUAUGAACAAUGACAAAAGAAAUAUACGCUUUAAGUUUUAUGAAUCAUUAAUAGAUUCUUAAGGUUUAGUGACCGACAAAAUGUUCUUACUGUUUUAAUAGUCUUUUAAUACAUACUUUGCAAUUGAUCUAUGUACAUACGCUGAAAAUAAUUAUAUUGAGCUUUACUUUCAAUAUGCGCCUGCACAAAAAUAUUCUAUAAUACUAGUAUCUUUUCUGUUCUUGUUUGUAUUUUUUAAGUUUUUAGUUUAACUGAAAGUGCAUGCGUCACAUGCCGUUUUACAACAUUUUAUAAUAACAUUUUUUGACUGAAAAUUAUGUUAAGGCGGAGAAAAAUAAACAAAGGAAUUUAAUAAAACUC